UCGCGCACAGAGCGGUCAGUUGGUCCGCGCCGCAGUCCGCAGGUCAGUCCCGCACCCGUAGCCGUACCGCCAGCCGCCACCACCUCCACAACCACCGCCGCCGCGCGGAGGGAGAUAGUGAUCCGUCUACAUAGCUCAGUUCGUUCAGUGGCACGGUCCCAUUAGUGCACGGUGUUAGUGGUGUGUUUUCGUUGUGUUCCCGGUACCUGGAUUUCCUACCCCCGGCCGCGAAGAGGGCAUGAGGUGAUCCGCGUGGACAGAUCGAUCUAGGAUGGACUCAAGCGUGAUGGAUGGCGGGAGCCGGGAGCCGGCCGUCGUUGUCCGCGACGCCUACAAGCGUUUCUCCAACGGAAACGUCAUCCUUCGCGGUCUCAACAUGACCGUCCCGCAAGGCACAAUCUAUGGAUUACUUGGUCCCAGUGGUUGCGGAAAGACAACUUUGCUCAGUUGUAUUGUUGGUAGGAGUGAUUUGGAUGCUGGGUAUGUUCGUGUCAAAGCAAAAACAAAAGCCAAUAUUGGAUACAUGCCACAGGAGUUGGCUUUAUUCAAGGAAUUUAGUAUCAAAGAAACGAUGACAUAUUAUGGCCGUCUUUUCGAUUUAUCUGCAAGCCAGAUUCGAAAGAGGACAGAUGAGCUACUGAAAUUUUUGUUGCUACCCCAUGAAGAUAGUAUAAUCAAUAACCUAAGUGGUGGCCAAGAAAGGAGAGUGUCCUUUGCUGUUGCUCUUUUGCACAAUCCUCAGCUUUUAAUUUUAGAUGAACCAACCGUAGGAGUGGACCCAGUCCUUAGUGCCAGUAUAUGGGAACGUCUUUUAGAAAUGACGGCAAACAAAAAUAAGACUGUUAUAAUCACAACUCAUUAUAUAGAAGAAGCCAGGCAGGCCCACACUAUUGGUUUAAUGCGUGGUGGACAGCUUCUUGCUGAAGAAGCACCUAACAUGUUAAUGGUGAAACAUCAUUGUGAUACUCUAGAACAAGCUUUUCUCGAAUUAAGUAAAAAACAACUCAGCUCAACUAUAGGCCGUGAAGAUGAAAAUUGUAAUAUAGAAGAAUAUCCUACUCCUGCACAUCCGCCCGAGCCGCCCUUGAAACAAGACUCAAUGUGUUCCUUUGCUAGAAUUACUGCUCAACUUUUGAAAAACUUCUACUGGAUGAAAAGAAAUAUUCCAAUCAUGUGUUUCCUAUUGCUUCUACCGGUUGUUCAGUGCUUCUUGUUUUGUACUUGUAUUGGCCGAGAUCCACAAGGUCUCACAAUAGCGGUAGUCAAUAAAGAACUCGAAGACGGCAUUAGCAGUUGUUACCAGUAUCCUUCCAGGGGCUGUAAUAUGACGUUACCAAUAAGUUGUCGGUAUCUUGAAAAGCUGAGAGAAAAGACAAUAAGAUUGGUCGAAUACCAGGAUUUAGAUUCAGCUAAACUCGCAGUAAAAAAGAACUUCGCAUGGGGUCUUUUGUAUUUUAAUAGAAAUUACACAGCAUCCCUGAUGGAGCGAAUACAGCAACAAGAAGGCACUGAUCCAAUCGACAUUGAUUUAAGCGAAGUUGAGAUCUGGCAGGAUAUGUCUAAUCAAUAUAUUGGAAAUAUGUUACGAAGAGACAUGUUGACUGGGUACGUUAGUUUCCUACAGGCAUUCUUUUCUGACUGUGGUUGGACUCCUAGGGUAGCCGACAUUCCAAUAAAGAUAGAGGAUGCUAUCUAUGGAAACAACAACCCAAGUUUUGUUCAUUUUACAGCUCCAGCUAUCAUUUCCUUGUUUGAAUUCUAUCUUCCGAUGGUCUUUACGGUCGGUGCAAUUUUGAUGGAAAAAAUGGCAGGGCUUCUGGAACGGAGUUUAGUUGCAGGUGUAACAGUGCUGGAGGUCGUGAUAUCUCACAUCAUUGUUCAGUUCAUUGUCCUCUUCAUUCAAACAACGCUGAUGAUCAUCGUUCUCUUUGUGAUUUUCGACAACCCGUUAGUUGGAAACUUGGGUUGGACUCUGUCUCUCUUGUGGCUGACAGGAACUAGUGGAAUGUGCUAUGGUUUCAUGGUGUCCGUCAUGUGUGAUACUGAUACUGCGGCCACUUUCAUGGGCCUUGGUAGUUUCUUCCCUCUAGCUAUGCUCAGUGGUAUGAUGUGGCCUCUGGAGGGCAUGCACUGGAUUCUGCGUUCCGUUGGCUGGGCGCUUCCCCUUACACUCCCAACGGAGGCUUUCAGAGCGAUGUCAGCGCGAGGAUGGAUGAUAACACAUCCAACAGUCUACAAAGGAUUUUUCUCAUCGUUUGGCUGGAUUGCAUUCUUCCUCCUAAUAACGACCAUUGUCGUUCGAACGAACAAUGGGCUUCGUGUGAAGCAGAAGUAAUUGAAAUAUUCCUUACAGCAGCAUUUCGAUGGUGGAACUGCAGAAAUGCGUAUCUCGGUUUUCAGCGUUGCAGAUUUCCCGUCAUACUUAAUUUUCAACAUCAGAAAACUAAUAAGUGGCAUUUCGUGAAAAUUCCGGUGAUUUUUCUUAUCUAUUCUGUGAAUAUUUCAAGCAAUGAUAUCGGUUUGGUCUCCUUCUAAAAAGUAAAAUAGGAGCGGAGAUUCUGAAAUACCGCAACCAGUAUCCGCAUUUUUGCAUUUUCAUUGUCGAUUUCUGAUUUACACCUACCAUCGACAAAAAUGACGAUCUGAGAGCAAUGAGUCAUAAAAAAAUUGUCCUCUCUGGCUGAUGAGUCAUAUGAAAGCAAAAGUAUGGCUUGUUCUUUGCAAAUCAGAUUCCUAAAAUAGGUAUAUCUGAAAAGUUCUCAGCAGUUUCUGUGUUACCUCUUCGAAAUCCGAUGAUUUCUCUGCCGAUUUCAGGAAUUUCAUUGCCUUCCGUUUGAGAAUUUAAAAUAAGUUUUUGCAAACUUCGUACUUUUUGUAAAAAUGCAAACUUCGGUGUAAUGUUUGAAAGUUUCUCCAAACAAUAUCAGUAUUCAAGACACUUGGAGGAGGAAAGAGUCAUAUACUCGCCAAGGUUGGCACAAACAAACGGAGUAUCAUCCGAAUGAAGACAAGAAAAAGGGAUCGUAAUGGCAGCUUUAAAAGACCCUUAAGCUUAGACUUUAAAUAAAGUUUUUUAUCGGCAAAAGAUGUCUGCUGUAUUUUGAGAGAAUUUUGUUUUCAAGCGCUAUCUCUGAUGGUUGCAAGUGCAAAUUUCUUACCACUCUACCGGUAAUUCAGGUAGAGCUCUGUAUUCUUUAUUUUUUGUCUCACCAUGACUCAGAAUCAGAUGUAAUUGUUUAACUUCGAAGUUAAAUUACUUUUUUCCUCUAUUUUGAGUGGUGUUCUUGGGUUUGACACCAUUAUUAGUUUUAAUUGCAAUCUCAUAGAGAUAAUCCGUCCAAAAGGGAUUUUUUUUGUUUUGUUAAGGAGAGUUAAUUUUAGGAGCCAAAAAAAGCUACCAGAUUUGCUGGUGACUUUUUCUAAGUAUGAGAAAUACGUAACCCCCCAAAAAAACGGCAAACUGUACAAUUAAGAUGGCAGAAAGAUCUGAUCAAGUCCUCUUGAAUUAUUCCAAACAUUCGCUGACUCCUGAGAAUUUUUUUAAUUUCCCUGUACCUGUUAAAUUGUGAAGUGAUAGACCUCUCGCUCAAAAAAGUUUUAGAUUUUUUAAUAAGGUAUACUCAAUUUUAUCUUUUUCAUUAGUUGAUGCGAUUCGAAUGAAAAAACUUUCGUUUUCAUACUUGUUGGGUUUCAUGAAAAUCUAAGCUUACUUUUACAGCCAUGAACGGAAACCAAGGAAAUCUCUGUACUUUUUUCCAAAAACUCUUCCAUCUUUUUUCACCAAAAUGUGCCAAAUUUCCAUUUUUUUAAAAUUUUUGCUCAAAUUACUUCAUGGUACCUAUCUAUAAUCUCCUUCAGCUUUUGAUAAUUUUUCACAAAUUUCAUAGCAUUCCAGAGAAAAUGUUCCAUUAUACAUUUGUACUUAGGUUCCUACGCCUUUGAAUUUCUUAGAAGCACUGUUACCAGAUUUAGCACACUCCUCAAUUGAACUCAAUGUGAAAUAUCAAGGUUUUUUCACACAAUCUGGCAACCUCGAUUUGAAGUGCAGACUGCAUAAUGGAAUGGUAGAGAGUUGAAGAUCUCUUUCAGCCCUGUUAACAAUCAAUAGCUCAGGUUUUAAAACCUACCCUGAUAUUGCGGCUAACAGUCUUAUUAUAUCAAUUGGUACAGUGUUGUCAGUGCCAUUUUAAUUCUAUUAAAGAGUAUGUACAGAAUGUAUUUGAGGGGUGAUACCCCUUUUUCUCUUUCUUUUUUAAAUCAGUGGUAUCUUCUCCCCUUAUUGUCCGCAUAAAAGAGCAAAAAAUUCAUUCAAGUGCCUCUCUCUGUUGAGAGAUCUUUAACGAAGCUUUUCAUGGAAUUUUUGUAUUAUUCUAAGCAUCUAAAGAAGCACUAAGUAAGAAAAUCUGGAAUUCCUUGUUGAAUAAAGGAAUGAAUAAUUAAAAUAUUUUAGGGACUUCUUCUUUGUCUCACUUUUUUAGAUGUUUGAACUGAUUUGAUUCAGUCCAACCAGAAUGUCCAGAAAAGUUACCGUAUGUUAUUUUGUUAGUUGUUGAUACUUGUUUUAAUGUUAAUAAUUUUUGUAGCCAGUGUGAUCUGUAAGUAAAUCAUUGUAAUUUUAAA